AUGCUCAGGACUGCAUCUGAAAUUUAUUUGGUACAAACCAAACCCUUUCUGGCAAUCCACCGGAUUCAACCAUCUAUCAGCACCCUCACCACCAUUUUCACCGUCCCCGUCUCCACCGCCGCCGUUUUACUGACAACAUACCACCAUCCUGCCCUUGAUAAAACCUCACAACCACCACCGUUUACGGCGAUGAAGGACAUACCGCGUCCGUCUUCGUACGGCUCCGUGUACGUGCCUCCGCACCAUCGCCUUCGCUCCGUCGUCACUACCUCUGCCCCUGCCCUUGCCCCUGCCCCUGCCCCUGUCCCUGUCCCUGUCCCUGUCCCUGUCCCUGCCCCUCUACCCGAUAUCUCAUCUACUCCCCAUGCUGUUCUUGACAACAAAACCUCUUUUGUUAGUUCAUCUCAGAGCAAUAUUAACAAUAGGAUUACAGUUCCUUAUCCUUACUUGCCUCCUCACCAAAUUAUAAAAUCUCAGGCCGUUGCCGUCUCUCAAGAAGGCCCCCAUCGCGAAUUCGAUUUCUCUUUCCAUACUGGUGCUUACACCUCUGAUAUAGAAUCUUGGAAGUGGAAGCUAACAACACUAAUAAACAGCAAGGAUAAACAAGAACUGGUUUCAAGGGAAAAAAAAGACAGGCGUGACUAUGAACAAAUAUCAGCCCUAGCAACUAGCAUGGGUUUGCACAGCCAUUUGUAUGCCAAAGUGCUUGUUGUUAGCAAGGUUCCAUUGCCAAACUACCGAUUUGAUCUUGAUGAUAAACGCCCUCAGAGGGAGGUGGCCUUGCCUGAGGGGUUGCAAAAGAGAGUUGAUGCUCAUUUGAAAGAAUAUCUUUCUUUUAAGGCUGAAAGUAUGAAAGGGUCUCAAGAUGAUUUGAUUUCAAAGACAAGUAACAAUGGUACUGAUGAAGGUUUCUUUGAGCUACCAGAGUUGUCAUCACAAGGCAAAGCUGCCAUUGAGAAACUCCUUUGGAGGAGGAGUGUGCAACUGCAGGCUGAGCAACAAGCUUGGCAGGAAUCUUCAGAUGGUUGGAGGAUGCAACAGCUUCGUAAAAAUCUCCCUGCUUACAAAGAGAGAAAUACAAUAUUAAAUGCCAUUUCACAGAAUCAGGUUGUUAUCAUCUCAGGUGAAACUGGUUGUGGGAAAACAACACAGAUUCCUCAGUUCAUUCUAGAAUCAGAGAUUGAUUCUUUUCGUGGGGCCACAUGUAGUAUCAUAUGCACUCAACCUAGACGUAUUUCCACCAUGUCUGUUUCAGAAAGAAUUGCCACAGAGAGAGGCGAAAAAUUGGGUGGAACUGUUGGAUAUAAAGUUCGGUUAGAGGGUAUAAAAGGAAGAGACACCCGACUUCUGUUUUGCACUACAGGAAUCUUGUUGAGAAGACUACUUGUUGAUAGAAACUUGAAAGAUGUUACUCAUGUUAUUGUAGAUGAGAUUCAUGAACGUGGCAUGAAUGAAGAUUUUCUGCUUAUUGUUUUGAAAGAAUUACUUCCUCGAAGGCCAGAAUUAAGGCUUGUUUUGAUGAGUGCAACAUUGGAUGCAAAUCUUUUUUCAACCUACUUUGGUGGUGUUCCAGUGGUUCAGAUUCCGGGUUUUACGCACCCUGUGCAUUCCUAUUUUCUUGAAGAUGUUCUGGAAACAACUGGAUACAGAUUGACAGCAGAGAAUCAAAUCGAUGAUUAUGGUCAAGAAAGAACAUGGAAGUCAAAUAAACAGUUUAUAAGAAAAAGAAAAAGUCAAAUUGCUUCAGCUGUUGAAGAGGCACUUGGAUAUGCUGACUUUAGAGGCUAUAGUCCACAAACACGGGAUUCUAUGUCAUGUUGGAAUCCUGAUUGCAUGGGAUUCAAUCUCAUUGAGUUUCUACUAUUGAGUAUAUGUGGGAGUGAAAAGCCAGGGGCAGUUUUGGUAUUUAUGACUGGGUGGGAUGACAUAAGCUCUUUGAAGGAAAAGUUACAAGCAAAUCAUCUUUUGGGGGAUGCAAAUCGAGUUUUGUUGCUUGCAUGUCAUGGCUCUAUGGCCAGCUCAGAACAGAGACAAAUCUUUGAAAAGCCAGAAAAUGGGGUGAGAAAGAUAGUUUUGGCUACAAAUAUGGCUGAAACAAGUAUCACAAUAGAUGAUGUUGUUUUUGUUAUCGAUUGUGGAAAAGCCAAAGAAACAUCAUAUGAUGCUUUGAAUAACACCCCUUGUCUCCUUCCUGCUUGGAUAUCAAAAGUUUCUGCUAAACAAAGGCGAGGUCGAGCUGGGCGUGUUCAGCCAGGAGAAUGUUACCAUUUAUACCCUCGAUGUGUCUUCAAUGCUUUUGCAGAAUAUCAGUUGCCUGAAAUACUGAGAACACCUCUUCAGUCACUUUGUCUUCAAAUUAAAACAUUAAAACUUGGAAGUAUUUCUGAAUUCUUAUCUAAAGCUCUACAAUCACCAGAGUUAUUAGCAGUUCAAAAUGCCAUUGAGUAUCUCAAGAUUAUUGGCGCUUUAGAUGAGAACGAAGAUCUAACUGUACUUGGUCGUUAUUUGACAAUGCUUCCUGUGGAGCCCAAACUUGGAAAAAUGUUGAUUUUGGGAGCAAUUCUUAAUUGCCUUGAUCCAAUACUCACAGUUGUUGCUGGACUUAGUGUCAGAGAUCCUUUUUUAGCGCCUUUAGAUAAAAAAGAACUGGCGGAGGCGGCGAAAGCGCAAUUUUCGCGAGAUCAUAGUGACCAUUUUGCCCUUGUGAGGGCGUAUGAGGGUUGGAAAGUGGCUGAACAUGCACUUGGUGGAUAUGAAUAUUGUUGGAAGAAUUUCCUGUCUGCUCAGUCCAUGAAAGCUAUUGAUUCUUUGAGAAGGGAGUUUUUAUCUUUGCUUAAAGAUACUGGUCUUGUCGAUGGCAAUAUGGUCAUUUUCAAUGCUUGGAGUUAUGACGAAAAUCUCAUUCGCGCAAUCAUCUGCUACGGCUUGUAUCCCGGAAUUUCCUCCAUUGUCCAUAAUGAAAAGUCGUUCUCGCUAAAAACCAUGGAGGAUGGUCAGGUGCUUUUACACUCGAACUCGGUUAAUUCCCGGGAUUUGAGAAUUCCAUUCCCGUGGUUGGUCUUUAAUGAAAAGAUCAAAGUGAACUCUGUUUUUCUCCGAGAUACAACUGCUGUUUCCGAUUCCGUCCUGCUUCUGUUCGGUGGAAGCAUCUCAAAAGGCGAUAUAGAUGGGCACUUGAAAAUGCUGGGAGGAUACUUGGAGUUCUUCAUGGAACCUUCAUUGGCUGAAAUGUAUCUCAACUUAAGAAAAGAGCUCGAUGAGUUAUUCCAAUAUAAACUAUUGAAUCCCAAAUUGGAUUUACACACCCACCACGAGCUUUUAUCCGCUGUGCGCUUACUCCUCCCAGAAGAUCAAUCCAUUGGCAGAUUCGUAUUCAACCGCCAGGUUUUAUACAACAAUUCAAAACCAUACAUCGCGUCUGUACCUCCACCACCACCACCACCACAACAACAACUGCCGCCAGUGUCCAGGGUGGAAAGUGGUCCAGGUGGCGACAAUUCAAAAAGUCAACUCCAGACACUACUGACCCGGGCAGGGUACCCUGCCCCAAUCUACCGAACAAGCCAGCUGCCAAACAACCAGUUUAGAUCCGUUUGUGAAUUCAAUGGCUUGCAGAUUACAGGCCACCCUUGUCACAACAAGAAACAAGCUGAAAAAGAUGCUGCAGCCGAGGCUAUAGAUCAUCUCAUUGGUGGGACCCACGCGUCAAUGCUUAAGAAAAGCAAGACAAACCACAACUAGUGUUUUUGACUUUUGAGCCGUUGAAAUUGAUGAUUUGGAAAUGGACGUUGAUUGAUUUUUGAUCCUCUUGAAAUUAUAUUGGAAUCGGUUAGUUUUUGAUUAGGAAUAUGGUGUAUUGUUGUAUAUAUAUAAUGUAAAGAAUUUUUGAGGAGACCAUGUGUAAACCGGUUGCCUAAUAAUCAAUGACUUGUACUAGUUUUAUUAGUGGUAACUCAUUCAGAAAGGUUUUUGAUUAAGAA